GCGCUCGGCGGGGCUGAGGCGACGCUCGGGAGCCGCGCAGGCCGGCAGAGACCCCGGCGCCAUGGCGGAGCUGGAGAGCCUGGAGUUCGGCAAGGCGGACUUCGUGCUGCUGGACUCAGUCUCCAUGCCCGAGUUCAUGGCCAACCUGCGGCUGCGGUUUGAUAAAGGACGGAUCUAUACAUUUAUUGGUGAAGUGGUGGUUUCUGUGAACCCUUACAAAAACUUGAACAUUUAUGGUCGUGACAUGAUUGAGCAGUACAAAGGACGGGAGUUAUAUGAGAGGCCCCCUCAUCUCUUUGCAAUUGCUGAUGCUGCUUACAAGGCCAUGAAGAGACGAUCAAAAGAUACCUGCAUUGUAAUAUCAGGUGAGAGUGGGGCUGGGAAAACUGAGGCCAGUAAAUACAUUAUGCAGUACAUAGCAGCCAUCACCAAUCCCAGUCAGAGAGCAGAGAUUGAAAGAGUGAAGAACAUGUUGUUGAAAUCCAACUGUGUGUUAGAGGCCUUUGGCAAUGCCAAAACCAACCGUAAUGACAACUCCAGCAGAUUUGGAAAAUACAUGGAUAUCAACUUUGAUUUCAAAGGAGACCCGAUAGGUGGACAUAUCAAUAACUACUUACUAGAAAAGUCCCGAGUGAUUGUGCAGCAGCCAGGAGAACGAAGCUUUCACUCUUUUUAUCAGCUUCUCCAGGGAGGUUCUGAUCAGAUACUACGCUCUCUACAUCUUCAGAAAAAUUUCUCUACAUACAACUAUAUUCGGGCCGGAGGGCAGUUAAAGUGUUCCAUCAAUGAUGGUGCAGAGUUCAAAGCAGUGGCAGAUGCUAUGAAAGUGAUAGGCUUCAAACCAGAGGAGGUUCAAACUGUCUACAAAAUUUUGGCUGCCAUUCUUCACUUGGGGAAUUUGAAGUUUUCAGUGGAUAGCGACACGCCUGUGAUUGAAAAUGGCAAGGUUGUGUCGGUAAUUGCAGACUUGCUGUCAACAAAGUCUGACAUGGUGGAGAAGGCCCUGCUUUUUCGAACUGUAGCUACAGGCCGGGAUGUCAUUGACAAGCAGCACACAGAGCAGGAAGCCACCUAUGGCAGAGAUGCUUUUGCAAAGGCUAUAUAUGAGCGCCUUUUCUGUUGGAUUGUUACACAUAUCAAUGACAUCAUUGAGGUGAAGAACUAUGACACCACAAUCCAUGGGAAAAACACAGUCAUUGGAGUCCUGGAUAUCUAUGGCUUUGAGAUCUUCGACAACAACAGUUUUGAACAGUUCUGCAUUAAUUACUGCAAUGAAAAGCUGCAGCAGCUUUUUAUUCAGCUAGUUCUAAAGCAAGAACAGGAGGAGUAUCAGCGAGAGGGGAUUCCCUGGAAUCAUAUUGAUUAUUUCAACAACCAGAUCAUUGUGGAUCUGGUGGAACAGCAGCACAAAGGGAUCAUUGCCAUUCUGGAUGAUGCCUGCAUGAAUGUUGGAAAAGUCACCGAUGAGAUGUUCCUUGAGGCACUGAAUAACAAACUGGGGAAACAUGCUCAUUUCUCCAGCAGAAAGCUUUGUGCGACAGACAAGAUCCUGGAGUUUGAUAGAGACUUUCGGAUUAAGCACUACGCGGGAGACGUUAUAUAUUCAGUCACAGGAUUUAUUGACAAAAACAAGGACACUUUAUUCCAAGACUUCAAACGCCUAAUGUAUAACAGCUCCAAUCCUGUGUUGAAGAUGAUGUGGCCUGAAGGUAAAUUGAGUAUCACAGAAGUGACCAAGCGACCCUUGACUGCUGCUACCCUUUUUAAGAACUCCAUGAUUGCACUAGUAGACAACCUGGCAUCUAAGGAGCCAUAUUAUGUCCGAUGCAUUAAGCCCAAUGAAAAGAAGUCAUCACAGCUGUUUGAUGAAGAACGCUGCAGGCAUCAGGUGGAAUACCUUGGACUUCUGGAGAAUGUCAGGGUACGACGGGCAGGAUUUGCCUACCGCCAAACAUAUGAAAAGUUUCUUCACAGGUACAAGAUGGUCUCAGAAUUUACUUGGCCAAACCAUGACCUCUCUUCAGACAAAGAAGCUGUGAAGAAAUUGAUUGAGUGCUGUGGGUUUCAGCAUGAUGUAGCCUAUGGGAAGACCAAGAUUUUCAUACGGACUCCACGGACGCUCUUCACCUUGGAGGAACUGCAUGCCAAGAUGCUUAUUAGAAUUGUCCUCUUCCUACAGAAGGUCUGGAGGGGCACACUAGCCCGCCUUCGGUAUAAGAGGACAAGGGCUGCCCUCACAAUAAUUAAGUACUACCGCCGCUACAAGGUGAAGUCCUACAUCCGUGAGGUCACCCGGCGCUUCCAUAACGUGAGGUCCAUGAGGGAUUAUGGCAAGCAUGUGAAGUGGCCCAGCCCUCCAAAAGUGCUGCGCCGUUUCGAAGAAGCACUGCAGGCAAUUUAUCACAGGUGGAGAGCAAAUGUGCUCAUCAAGAGCAUCCCACCAGAAGAUCUGCCUCAGCUCAGGGCUAAGGUUGCUGCCAUGGAAUUGUUGAAGGGUCACAGAGCAGAUAUUGGGCUACAAAGAGCCUGGGAGGGUAACUAUAUUGCAUCGAAACCAGAUAACCCUCAGACCACAGGCUCUUUCAUCCUUAUUGCCAAUGAGUUGAAGAGGAAGGACAAGUACAUGAAUGUGCUCUUCUCAUGUCACGUUCGCAAGGUAAAUCGCUUUAAUAAGGUGGAGGACCGAGCAAUUUUUAUCACUGAUCGACACCUUUAUAAAAUGGACCCUAUGAAGCAGUACAGGGUGAUGAAUACCAUCCCACUUUACAAUUUGACGGGAUUGAGUGUCUCCAAUGGAAAGGACCAGCUUGUGGUCUUCCACACAAAGGAUAACAAAGACCUCAUUGUCUGCCUCUUCAACAGACAGCCAACUAAUGAAAGCAGAAUUGGAGAGCUGGUUGGAGUCCUGGCAAACCACUUCAAGAGUGAGAAACGCCAUCUGCAAGUCAGUGUUACCAAUCCAGUCCAGUGCAGCAUGCGUGGUAGGAAAUGCACGGUCUCUGUGGAAACCAGGAUCAACCAGACCCAGCCAGACUUCACCAAGAAUCGUUCAGGUUUCAUCCUGUGUGUGCCAGGGAAUUAGCAUCACCUCCACUAGAGCAGAGAGCCUUGAAAGGAGACAGACCCGGGCUUAGGUUGCCCUCCCUGUGCCUUGAGCUUUUCAAGGGAAUUCAUUUAGAAAUGCUCAGCUAUGACUUGCAGUCAUGCACCUAACCAGAUCUCUAAAGCUAGAGGUUUAUCCAGCCCAAAUUCAAGAGAGAGUUUCUCUGCCACAUCCACCAGAGCUUAAAAUAGCCAAUCAGAUGUGCCCAGCUUGGCAGGCCUGGACUCAGGAAACUGCUUCUGAGCUAUUCAGCCGAGAGCAUUUACUUAUGGGCACUGCUACACCUGGCUUCCUCCCUUCCCCCCACUCUUCUAACCCUCUCCCACGUUCCCCUCUGAGUUUAUCUCCAUGUCUCAAUCGCACAAUAUUGUGCAGCCUCUGUUGGGACCAAAGACUGGGGCUCGGGGAAGGAGUCCAGCAGUAACGUGACUUGAAUUGGAAAGGCCAAAUCUCCCUUGAAAAGGGAACCAUAUUUGCAAAGGGCUGGAUUCCCUUGCGGAAGGCACAGAACCCACACUCCCCCCAGCCCCUCUCCGUCAGAGCUCCUGUGACUGCUGCAGGUACCUAUAAAUGCAUCUCUAAAAUAAGCCUGCUGCUUUUCCUGUAAGAAGUCUAUUGGCCUGUGAGGAGGGAGGGAGUGGGGGAGCUACACUGGCAUCAAGGGGGUGGAAUUAUAGAUGCAGAGGGCUUUAGGCUGCCUUUGCUGUAUAGAGCAUAGCUGUUGUCUUUCCUAAGUGGUAACUGCUUCCUAAACCCUCUGGAUUCCCAGCCUGCAUUCUCCUUGCAUGACCCAUGUGCAGUGAGGGCUGAGGUGAAUGCUGGCUGAGCUCUCUGCACGGUUGGGUUAAGGAGGUUUCCUUUCCAGGGUCUGUGCAGAGGCUCUGGAAA